CGGGCAGCUGCCUAAUAUCGAUUAACGCUAUCGGCUCACUCGUUGAUCAGCAAUGUCGUCUGCUCAAGUGAGGGAGCAGCGGGCGUGAAAACAUUGUUGAGUAAUCAUAGUCAAUCUUUUUUUUUGCGGAUUGACUGGCAGUAUUUAUGAUUGCGAUAAUUUGAACUUAAUUGUGUUUAGCACCUGUGUGAUAAAUUAUAAUUUAUUCACGGAGAGAUUAUUCCUGGACUUACUGGAUAGCGCCGGAUUUACGAAGCAAAAAGGUUCUUUCUGUCCGAGCCAUUCUCCGCACCGUGCAAACAGACUGUGGACACUUCUAGAUACAUACCAAAGGCCAUGCAAAAGAUGGCCGGUCGAGAAACUAUCGACCGCCUCCGGAAGGAACACGAAUGCAGCAUCUGCUGGCAGAAGUUCGAAAGCGCCAGGUUCCUAGCCUGCUUCCACUCCUUCUGCGAACUCUGCAUCGAACGAUGCGCCGGUACCAACGGUAAGGAAAACACGGUGGUGUGUCCAAUCUGCAGGCACUGCACCACCCUACCCGAGGCAGGUGUCCGAGGGCUACCCCUCAACUAUAUCAUGAACCGCAUGGUGGAUGCCUUCGAGGAGUUUGAGGCGUACGAAGAGAGGUUGAAGAGCUUAGAUGCCAUAUGUGACUGGUGCGGUGACGAGGAAGCCGUUGCGACGUCCUUCUGUCACGACUGCACCAAUAUCCUAUGUGAGGAAUGCGUCAACAUGCACUCCAAGAUGAAGAUAGCCAUGCGAGGACACGUGGUGACCCCAAUCGCAGAGAUCCGCAACGGGAAGACGAAGAUCCAGCGUAUGGACAGUGGUACCGAUGACCUACCAACCUGCAAACACCAUGAAGACGAGCAGCUCAAGUUCUACUGCAACACCUGCAAGAAGUCGGUGUGCCGUGACUGUAUCUUAACCACUCACUCCAAGCCGUCUCAUGAUUGCAUGGAUAUGACAAACGCCGCCAUCCAACUCAGGGAGAACCUCCGAAAGAUGCUGUCUGAGAUUAAGUGUAAAUCGAUAGAGAUUGCCGACCAUAUCUAUGUCAUUGAUCAGCGGGAGAAGGAGGUAUUGGCAGAGGUUAGACGAGCCAUGGAUAAGGUCAACCAGGCUGCCGACGAAGACAUCCGGCAGAUCGAAGAACGACGUCGACUCUUGCUGAAUGACCUCAGACAAGUCCGCUCUGCCCUGGUUGAGAGGAUUGACGGUGUCAGAUACAACGUGAAAGAAGCAGAAUCUAGGAUAUCUAGAGUCAACAACAUCGGUGAGAUAAUCUUGGAGAAGAGUAAAGACCACGAGAUGCUCUUGCUUCAUGAAGGAUUCGGCACCACGGUUAAGAAGCCAAUGUCAAAAAAGUUUGACCGCGCUGGACUGGAUCGCGUUCUUGAGAUCGCACGCAAAAUCCGCUUUGAUAGAGAGGUCCCGAAGCAAUUCAUCGGGAAGGUUACUCAUAAUCAGAUGGUUUGGCGACUGGCUCGGCAGGUAGAAUUCCCUGUCAGGCGAUGUGUGAUGAAUGGCAUGACUGCUUACAAUGAUGGACAACUGGUCAUCGGGUACUACUCCGGUGGCAUCGAUGUCGUCAGCAUCAACGGCAGCGGUCGCCGGGUCAUUGAAGAUGUGAAAGUCCAUGACGUAGCCACGAUGAGUGAUGGAAGUUUUGCCAUCUCCGGCGUUGACGGUUUGCUUCAACUUCUAGGUGAAGAUGGCAAGGUCAAGAGACGCUUUGACACCCAAGGAGCUUCCGGAUUCGCUUCCAUUGCCGUUGAUAAACACGACAACGUAUAUGCUGGGUAUCCUUUCCUGCAGAAAGUCAUGAUCUUCAGCUCUUCCACUGGUAAAAUGUUACGGGCUGUCGCUACUUCCGGUUGCGCCCCUUGGCAGUUACACACGCUGAAAUCGGGUCACAUUGUUGUAUCCGACCCAUGCGCUCAGAAUGGCCCGGUGGUCAAGAUUUUCGACCAGGAAGGAGAAGUGACAGCAUCCAUCCGAGGUAACGCUAACGAACACUCCUACUGCGCGACCGAUAGUGACGAUAACCUCUACAUAGCGGUCAUCAACAAAGGUGGUGAUGACGUCCUCUCGGUCAAUCUGAUGACUCCAGAAGGUAAAUUCGUCGAGAACAUUGUCCAGAACCAGAAGGUCAACCUGGUUAGCACUUGGUUACGACUUGCAGCGCCCUCACCAGGAACCGUUGUUGUAAGCACACACGAAAAGCUUCUUGUCUAUCGGAAGAGGCCCUCGCACAAUGAUUUCUGGAUACCUGCUUCCCAAAUUGCAAGAUUCUAAGGCAACUUCUAUAAGAACUGCCGAAGAACUGAUUUUUUUUUAAUAUUUAUAUAGUUUUGUAAAACACAAUUUUUGUAUGGAUUUCAAAAUUUCUUAUGUGAUUGCUAGUUUCUCAUAAUAAAAUUCUACUGGCAGUAAUGUAUUCACAAUCAUACCAAUAACUUUGUUUAAUAUUACCCGACGAUUUGCCUCAGCCCCCACCCCCCAGAAAUACCAAGACUUCGAAAAUGUUACAUU